UCAUAUAGCCAUUUGAUAAUUGCAGGAUUAAGUUGCGGUCAUGAGAUAACGGUGUGGUUUGGCUAAGCCUCAAAGGACAUGUCAGAAACCAUAAGAGCUAUCAAAUACUAUUUAUUCAGCAAUGUUUCUAUUUCUAGUUCAGUUUCAAUUCGUUACAAAUAUAUAUAUGUGUUAUACAUAUACCUAUUGAUCAUUCAAUGUUAGUCGCUUGUGUUAUGUUUUGGGCAUUUAGAGUACCAAAUUGUUUGUUCUUUUGAUUGGUGAAAGUAAUGUCUUCAAUGUCAUUUAUCCCGGUAACUAAAAUUUGGUAUAUCUAUGAUAUCAAACAGAAGUUAUUCACACUAAUCAUACACAUGUUAAAUCCUAGUACAUAAAUUCAACUAUAACCAUAAAAAACGAAAACAAGUGAAGGUGAAGGUGAAGAGUUACAUUCCACCAGCAACGACCCCAGCGAUUAGCUAGGGACUUGAUCUCGUCAACUUCGCUUCCUCCGCCAGAUUAAUGAUCGUAUAGACAGCCGCCGUUCCGUCAUUUUUGCAUCGAUAAACCACCAUUAACGGCAGAUGAAACCAAAAAAAUAACUCAUACUCUUAAGAAUUUGGCUUUUAUGUUGUUGGAGAGUGUGAGCAAUCUUGCUUUUUUAUUCUUUUAAAUGUCUUCUCUUCUCUUCAAUACAAUGCAAUAAUCAUUCAAACAUUCGAAAACAUAGUUUUUUUAGGAUAAGUUCUAGACCAAAUUCUUUAAAACGGUUUGUUCAACAAAUAAUAACAGAUUUGUCAAACCUCACCCACGCUUGUAAGCAAGUGGAAUAUAAUAUUAAAGUACUGACUUGUAUAAAAAUCACUCGACAGCUAUAAUAUUUGUUAUUCAGCGUCAAUGUCAGCUUUGUGUUUUUCUUUUGCAUAUGUCAUUGUCGCCCAUACAUAUAUACAAAAAUUCAAAUAACUAAAAGACAUUUGUAAACUUGUAAGAUGAUGAUGAUGGCAAUAACUAGUCCAUGUUAGAGUAUUUGAGUUUUUUUUUCCUUUCAGCUAUAGUAUUUGAAUUUUUAGUAAACUAAUAUUUUAAGCAUUGAUUAUUUAAACUCGAUAGACAUAGCUGUGAGCUUCUUAGAACUAGAAUGUUGCUGACCAAAAAAAAAACUAGAAUGGAAUACUAGAAGAUAUAAACACGUCCUAGAACAUGGCAUCGUUAACUUGAGCAACAUGUUAAUUUUAAAACUAGUCACAAAUAAUAAAUAGUUAAAUACGCAUCAUUUACAAGGUAAAUCAUUCAUCGCUAUGAGUAUGAAUAUGCGUAUGAACUAAUUUGAUAUUUAUAAAAAGUUGCGUAAAGAGUUGUUUUUAAAACAAAAUGCUAUAUAUGUUGGUCGUCACGUUAACAGUAGGUCAACUUGACCUAGUAACACCCAUCAUUUCAAAUUUUUGUUAGUAGAGUUCAUUGGUUAAUGCCAAUGGUGCUGGUCUUACAGUGAGAGGAGAUAUUUGAAACUCCAUCCUCCAUCUUUUCUUUCCCAAUAGUGAGGGUAAACAAAAAGGGAAGCAAAGGGACAAGAAAAGAAAGAAAGAAGAUUUUCUCCACCUUUAAGCAUCCCAAGCAGCUCAAAGUCAUUUUUUCAAAAAGAAAAUAUUAUUUAAAUUCCUCUGAAAGUUUCAAAUCCUACUUUUUCAUUUUCGUAUUAAAAAUGGAUUUGUCAAAGAGACUGAAUGCUUCUUAUUCGAUUGAUUGAAUCUCUCACCUGAGCAAGAAAUUGCCCUCUGCACUUCAUCUUCUCCUGCUGCUCUUCUUCCAGUUGCAGUUAACCAAGCAAAACCAUAGUUUUUUGUCGGAGAAACAUUAAAAAAUCCGAUGAGGACAAGCGGUUCUGCUUCUUCCAGAAGCCAAGAAGAAACAAGGUUUAAGGAGGAGGACGAUGCUUCCCCCAGGAGAAAUCGCCAAGAUCAAAACACUAUCCCGAUUCAAUACGCAGAUCAACAACAAGCAGAGCUUUUUAGAAAACUCGAUUCCUUAAAAGGCCACGUUCUCCGUGGUCAAGACUCACCAAGAGCCUCACAUCAUCAGCCACCACCUUAUUACAAUCCAUAUCCUCCUUAUGGAAUGUAUCCUUCCCCUAGUAACCCGCCUCAUGGUUUCCCAAUGCAUCAAAGCUUGUAUGGUCAUUACCCAAAUCAGAUGCUGCCUCGUCCUCCCUAUCCUCCUCAAGGAGGACAUUAUGUAGACAUUGGUCCUGACAUACUUGACCCCCAGUUACACGACCCUAGAUUCUUUCCUGGUACACCGAGUAGGUACGCUGAUGUCCCUGUUUCGCACCAUGGUGGUGGUGCUCAAGGCCAUCAUCACAAGAGGUGGCCUAGUGACAUUAACUCUGAAAUGGGUAGCGGUGCUCAAGGCCAUCAUCACACGAGGCGGCCUAGUGAAGUUAACUCUGAAAUGGGUGGCGGUGCUUAUGCUCGUGGGUAUGUUCAAACUGCUGCUGAUUCACGUCGUUGCCAUCCUCUAGCAGGAGGUGCGCCCUUUGUAGCUUGUCACAAUUGCUUUGAGCUUCUCUACUUGCCUAGGAAGAAGCUUCUUCUUUCUCAGGCAAAGCAGCAACAAAAGCUGCAAUGUGGUGCUUGCUCCGAGGUCUUCAGUUUCACUAUUGUCGAUAAUAAGCUUGUUUUCUCUUCUUCUUCUGCUCUUGAGGAGAGUCACCGAGCUCGUGUAGAGGUUGAAGAUAGAAGUGCAGUGAUAGAUGAUUGUCCACUUAAGGAUGAGGAACACUCAGAUGACGAAGGAGGAAGAUCAAGCGUUUCUAGUGAACCACAAAAAGAGGUCGUCAAGUCUGUUCGCCGCAGAGCCAAAGCCGCUAAAGCUCCUCCUCCUCCACCACCUCCUGAAAACUCCAAUCUUCUAGAGCUCUUUGAGUAUUCUAACGUAAACAGAGCUGCACUCACUUACGGAAUGUCGCAGCUAGGUUACAAUAAGCAAGUAUCCUUCACGAAACAAGAAUCAGUAGCUUCUGAGACAGAUAUAUCUUACAAUGGUUACUAUAAUAACACUGAGGACGAUUCAAGGAUCUCGAACGCUAGUAAAGAUGAGAGAGGACGUAGGAACCGAAAGCAUCGCAGCGACUACAAUAAAACCGUAUCUAAUGAUGACCAAUACGAUAGGCAGCUAGAGGUUUGGGUGAACGGGCAUCUGAUACCGGAAGAUCAGGUUAUAAGCGCCGAGAAACAAGCUGGACCUGUUCAAGCUGGCAACUACUGGUAUGACUACCGUGCUGGAUUCUGGGGAGUUAUGGGACACCCUUGUCUCGGUAUCAUACCACCAUUUAUCGAAGAGUUUAGUCGUCCAAUGCCAGAUAACUGCGGUGCGGGGAACACAGGAGUGUUUGUGAACGGAAGAGAGCUUCACGAGAGAGAUUUCGAGUUGCUUUCAGGUAGAGGUCUUCCUCGAGGGAAGAACCGUUCUUACAUCGUUGAUAUAUCGGGAAGAGUUCUUGAUGGAGACUCCGGUGAGGAGCUUAAGAGCCUUGGAAAAUUAGCUCCAACGAUUGAGAAGGUUAAGCAUGGAUUUGGCAUGAGAGUUCCAAGAUACCUAGCUUCAUCAACUUGAUUCAGCCCCUUCUUUUUUUUUGAGCAACGCAGCCUCUUCUUCUUGUUUCAAUCUUUCCUUAUUUGAUUGAAAUGUAAAUUGUGCUUUAUGUAACACAUCAUUGGUUUGUUGGUUAUAUUCUGAUCUCUGACCCCACAGCUUGCUUCUUUUCUCUUUCUUUUUGGGUUUUGUAUGUUAUUCUUUCAGUCUAUUUUUUUUUUCUUGAUAAA